UUAUACCCGUGGCGCUGGGCUGCAUCAUUGGCAUUUGACCCGUAAAUGACUAAUUUCGCAAUUUGGAAUUCAAUUUCAAUCUCGGCGCUUGAGUGUGCAGGAAGUAGAGUGGUGUGAUAUAGUGGCUAUGAGUUUUUGGAUACGUGUUCCCCAAUGGGUUGGCAUACAAAAACGCGUGAAGGAGCAAGUGCUGACCUCAGUAUUCGAGAGCAAAGUUUCGGUGUCGGUGCCCACUUUCAGCACAAAGUCCAGAUCUGUCGAAUGGAACGGGCUCUUCAUUAAGCGCUUUAAAAAGUCGUCAAUUCUAGAGUUAACAGAAGCUUCUAUUUCAAUUAAGGAAGUGACCUUGAUAUUUCUCCCUUUGUUUAGGUUUGUCGUCAGAAUCAUAACAACGUCCCUCGCGUGCUUAUCUGUCGGCGGUUGAGUACUAACCGGUCAUUGCAACUCGGCUCCACGACGCAGUUGGCUAGUCCAAUCGAAUCAAGCGCUGUAGUGAUUCCAAGCCAACUGAGCUUCCAAAAUGUCCGCAGACGAUGACUUCAUAUCAACAUUCGAUAAAAUCAAAUGCAAGCAUGAUGAGGCAUUCCACUUGGUUGACGAUGCCAUCAAGCAAGAGGAGGAAGAUCAUCCUCAUCACGCCCUAAACCUCUACAAAAUGGCUGUCGAGGCAAUUGACGAGACGCUUGCAAUUCCCGUAAAGGUACCUGAGAACAUGGAAUUGGUGCGAUCUGAGUGGGACAAUGCAUGCCGUAUGAUCCAUAAAAUUAAACGCGCCCGAGCAGAACUCGUUCAGAGGAUCGGGGUUUUAAGCGAAAAACAAAACGCGGCUGGGAACGCCACUUCAGUCACAAGCUCGAACGCAAGCGCUACAAAUGGGACUGACACACAGCAAAGCAGACCUCGAACUUACUCUGAGCUAGCCCAGGCGUUGCGAGACAUGAAAUGCACUGGCGAAGGAAUUGAGUCAUUAGAAUUGUUGUUCUCGUGUGAGGGCGUUAAGCUCUACUACAUAAAGCCAAAUGGACUCGUUACAACUGCUCUGGAAGACUCCGUCCUACGAAUCGUACGCAUGGAAAAAGACGAGAAGAAACUUCUGAGUGCAACGUUUUUCAUACAAAUUAUCAAAACCUCUGAAGCCAUCCGCAUACAAAACGUUGAAAACAUUCCCUCUCCCGUCACUCAAGAAUCUGGAGCCGCGUCUACAGAGACUUCUGUAUCCUUACCAAAUGAGAGCAACGCUCAAAGUACAGAGAUGCGCAAACUGAAGUCGGACAACUCAUGGAUAUACCCACUCAUUCCGGGCGUAUCUCCAUGUUUCCGCACCGAAUUCGGUGCUUUCAUUCUCCCUGAUCUUGAAGCAACUGAAACCGGAUCCUCAUUUGGCAUAGUGGUCCCAAAGGAUUCCGGUGCUGAUGAAAUCGUCUUAGAAAUUCUUGAACAAAUACUGCACGGGGUCGUCAUCCAGUCAGCCGAAGCCCCUUCCCCCGCCGACCUCAGCACUCAGGUGUCAUCUAAAAUCGUGCGAGGUGCCUGCUUUGUUUCACAGAAUUUGGUUAAAGGCGCUGAGAAAGCAGGCCAAUUGAUGUCAUCCUCCACUCCUUAUUUGAUAUCGAAAAUUCGACCAGCUACCCAGGAUUCUCCAGUCUCCCCAAAUGUUCAAAAUUCCGUGGUGAUUGCAAAGAAUGUCAGCAGCACGGCCGUUGGAAUAACGGGGUUCAUUGUAGAAAAGGUGGGCUCAGCGACUAUGGCACUAGGUCGGUUCCUAGCGCCACACAUUCAGACUCACGGCUCGACUCUACUAUCAAAAGGCUUCGGAAUGGACGAGGCAACGGCUCAACAGAAGAUGUCCGACGUUCUUACAAUCGCCGCGGGAGCCGUUGAAGGAUUUGGAACUAUUUACGCUGGCCUCGAACAAUCGGCUUCGAUUCUAGGAAAAAAUUUAAGUGAAAACUCAGUAAAAAUUAUUGAACACAAGUAUGGCUCCUCAGCAGGUUCUUUGGCUUCCGAAACCUUCGACACGGUAGGAAAUGUAAUCAACUUAACACAAAACGUGAACAGCAUCACGCCUAAAGGGAUAGCAAAACGAACAGCGAAAAAUGCCGGCCGAGCGAUUGUAGAGGAUUACAGGCCGCGGCUACAAAGUAACAAUGUCGUGCCAGCUGGAGCCUUGUAUCCUGAUUUGUCGGGACUGCAGGCCAAGAUUCAACAGUGAUUUGUCAUUAUUCUCAGCUUAAUAACGGAAGUGGAUAUCUUAAUUUAAUUUAGACUGAAUUCAUUGAUAUUAUUUUUUCGCAUGCAAUUAACUCAAGUGUUGGAUCUUUUGCAUGCUUUCUCCCUGCUUUCCACACAUUGUCGAAUAUUGUAAGCAUUGUUUGCAUUUGCACUGUAAUCGUUGUGAAACUACCAAGCUAUUGAAAAUAUAUAAAAAAGUGUGUCUAUUUAAAGUUAAACUGUGGGUGUAAUAAAAGUGAUUUAUUUUUGGGAAACA